CUGGCGACAUGGAUGGCAGAACGCAAGACUUGUUGUGUGGCCGCGUCGGAAUCGCCGGGAGACGGCACUCGCACUGAUAUAUUUCGUCGGACAUGCAGGCUUGUCUGUUGUUGCUGGUGCCGCUGGUCGCGCUGGCCAUGGGAGAGACUCCGACUGAACGACCUUACCUCAAGUUUGCAAACCCGAAUCACAACGAGACCGUGGAGCACAACGUGUACUUGGAUCCGUCCGUGCAAAACAUUCCGCUCGCGUUCGACCAAGCCGAUUUGCGUCCGCCCUUGCCGCGGGUGCCCAAGGUCUUUGACAUCUUUGUCGCUAUUUCCAACUACCGCGACAGCGUCCGGUGUGGGUACGCCGUCUGGACUGCGUUCGCCCGGGCGGAUCACCCCGAGCAUGUCUUCUUUGGCAUCGUCGAUCAAACUCUCCCCGGCGAUUCCAAGUGCCUUGACGAGUACUGCAAACUUGCCAACGUGACGUGGCCCAACGAAACGUGCAAAUACAGCUCCCACAUCAAAAUCGAUGCUGUGAACGCGUCAUUGUCCAAAGGCCCGGCCGUCGCGCGAUCCCGGCAGCGCGCCAUGAUCGACGACCAGGAAUUCUGCAUGUCCAUCGAUGCCCACACGCAGUACGUUUACAACUGGGACACUCUCAUCGUUGAGGACUGGAAGCUCACUGAGAACGAAAUGGCUGUUCUGUCCAACUACCCGCUCAGUUAUGCACACAUCGGUCCCAACUUUACGGUGCCGACCGUGCCGAUGAGCCGCCACCUUUGCAUGUACGGCAAUCGACCGCUCCCGAACGAUAUCCCGAUCCUGUGGCCGACGUUCAUCACAAACUCGGAGCGGCCGCAAAUGCAAGCGUUCUGGGGCGGCGGCAUGUCGUUCAGCAAGUGUCACGCGGAAAAGCGCGCCCCCAUCGACGGCCAUCUCACGUGGGUCUUUAUGGGCGAAGAAUACAUCCGUGCGAUGCAGUUGUGGACGCGUGGGUACGACUUGUACUCGCCGAGCCGGCCGCGGUCGGUUCUCUUUCACAACUACACGGACGACGGCGCGAAGAAGAGUUUUUACGAAAACGCCAAGGACAAGACCAAGGAGUACCACGAGACCUUGCUCGGGUACAACCGGCUCCGCGCCGCGCUCAAAUUUCCGUUCUCGGGCGAAGUUGACUUUGAAGACAUGGAGACGUACUACGGGAGUCCGGUCCGGACGCUCGAGAUGUACUUGAACUUUUCAAAGAUAUCCAACACGGACCCGAAGACGCUGGACGACUGGCCAUGCGACCAGCUCCACUGGGUGCCGUAUUCCGUGCCUGAGCAAAUUGAGGCCCUCUUGCCUGGAUGGAAGCAGUAUGACACGUCGUCGCGGGCUCCGGGACGGCACAACAGUGGCGGCAGCAUUCGUGGUGACGAGGACGGUGUCGUGGCGGUGAACUCUACCGCGAUCCAGUUGCUCGUAGACAAGCUCAACCAAGUGCUUGCGUCGGAAAGUAUGCUCGCGCAAGUCAAGAAAGAGAUCCACGAGGCCCAGAAACAAAUGGAAGAUGCGACUGAAAUGAGUGACAUCACGCUGAGGGAGGUGGUAGCCAAACUGGGCGACGUUGUCAGCCGACUCGACGCACUGGCAGCGCAAGAAACCACGAACGUGCGAGACAUGCAGCCCGGUGGAGUCGUCGACACCCUCCACUCUCCUGUGCCUAUCCUGCGACCCGCGUCCACGGACCACCCAUGGGAGUUGGUACUCAAACAACAGCACCAAGCCUUCGUAGGGUUCGCCGUGGGCGGAGCUCUCGUCGCGGUGGUUGUCCUGGCAACUGUGUGGGUUACCCGCCAUCGCGCAAACAAAUAUACCGCUGUCGAGACCGUGGAGGAUGGUCCGUCGAGUACAUGGGAGUAACAGCGACGAUUUUUCGUGCAAA